GUCCACUGGCUUAGGCUCCUUCCAGCUCCUCUUCGCCCCCCAGCGCACACGCGCUAAAGAAGAUGGGCGCAGCAAACUGUGAAGAUGAAGACUUGGAAUUCAAGCUGAUUUUCGGGGAAGAAGAAAAGGACCCUUCCGCUAUGGGGGUCCCUCUGGAAGAUCUGGGUGCGGACAACCUCCCUGUCUAUUGUUCGCCUACUCUGGGGGACCCUCCUCCGUAUGCCUCUCCCCUGGGCAUCCCAUGUCCUCUGCAUCUCAGUGGCGGCCGUGCUGGCAUGCAUUCCCCCCCUCCCCGUCCGGCCGACUUGGAUGGUGACACUUUUGAGAGCCAGCCGGCUCGGCGCGUGCGUCUUGGCGGUUCCCGGGUGCUGGAGUGUCCGAGCAUCCAGAUCACGACGAUCUCCCCGGGCCAAAGGGGCGAAGAGGACGACUGGGACUCCUCGCCUCGGGACUAUCUCCUCCUGGAGGCCUUCGGGGGCUACCGCGAGGCCCCCCCAUCCUCGGGCUUCUUCACACCGAGCCCGGCCAGCAGUGGCAGUGUUUCUCCAUGGAGCUUUUUUUCCGAUGACGAGGCCCCCACCGGGGAUGAUGUGGAGCAUGAGCUCAACGAGGCGGCAGCCCGUUUCGCCCUCAGUUCCCCCUUAGGUUCUCCAAGGGGCUCUCCCAAGCCGUGGUCGCUUGCUGAUGAGGCCUGGCCAGCUUAUGGGGCCGGCUACUCCCCAAGCCGGGGAACCGAGGAUGGCUGGAUGCUGCUGGGUCCCCGGCCGGCCUCUCCUUGUGGCAAGCGCCGCUAUUCCAGCUCCGAGACACAUUCCUCUGCGUCUCCCUGUCUGUCCCGGAGAGGCAGCCUUGGCGAGGAGGCCCCGGGCGAGUCUGCAGAAGCCAGUGGCGAUGGGGCCCUUUUCAACUGUACUGGAGCCCGGCUGGUGGAAAGCAUCCCGCAGAAAGCCCGGAAGACAUCAACGGAGCAGACCGUGGCCCUUAGCCGGAAGGAGGACGGGAGCUGUAAUGGGGAAGAUGGAGGAAGCAGCACCGCAGGGGCCUUUGGGCUUGGUGCGGCCCGUAAAGAAGGGAUGGAUUACCUCGCCGUGCCUUCUCCAUUGGCCUGGUCGAAGGCUCGCAUUGGAGGCCAUAGCCCUGUAUUCAGGUCUUCGGCUUUGCCUCCUCUGGACUGGCCGCUCCCCAGUCAGUACGAACAGUUUGAGCUGAAGAUCGAGGUGCAACCCCGAACUCACCACCGGGCGCAUUAUGAGACCGAGGGCAGCAGGGGUGCCGUGAAGGCUGCUCCCGGCGGACAUCCUAUGGUGAAGCUUUUAGGGUAUGAUGAAAAGCCCCUUACCUUACAAAUGUUCAUUGGCACAGCAGAUGAGCGGAACCUGCGCCCCCACGCUUUCUACCAGGUGCACCGUAUCACCGGCAAGAUGGUGGCCACCACAAGCUAUGAAUCCAUCAUCAGCGGCACGAAGGUUCUUGAGAUGUCCCUGCUUCCCGAGAACAACAUGGCUGCCAACAUCGACUGUGCGGGCAUCUUGAAGCUGCGGAACUCGGACAUCGAGCUGCGCAAGGGCGAAACGGACAUUGGCCGCAAGAACACCCGGGUGCGCCUGGUCUUCCGCGUCCACAUUCCCCAGGGAAACGGCAAAGUGGUCUCCAUCCAGACAGCUUCCGUGCCCAUUGAAUGCUCCCAGCGCUCGGCUCAAGAGCUCCCCCAGGUAGAAAACUACAGCCUCAGCGCAUGCUCGGUGCAUGGUGGUGAGGAGCUGGUGAUCCAUGGUGCCAACUUCCUGCCUGAAUCCAAGGUUGUCUUCAUCGAACGAGGUCCUGAUGGAAAACUCCAAUGGGAAGAGGAGGCAAAUAUUAAUCGCUUGAAAAGCACGGAGGCCUCACUGACCCUCACAGUUCCUGAAUAUAGCAACAAGCGAGUGUCCCGGCCUGUUCAGAUCUACUUUUACGUUUCCAAUGGACGCAGGAAAAGGAGCCCCGCGCAGGCCUUCAAAUACUUGCCUGUGAUCUUCAAGGAGGAGCCGCUUCCAGAGGCCCAGCACCGUAGCUUCCCACACAUCUCACAAAAUACUCAUUUCCCAUCGCAGUCAGUCCAGAGCAGCAUGGAUUUCUCCCCUUCUGGGCCGGCCUACCCAUAUGGCCCAGAGCACUCUCCGCCCUGUUCCCCCUAUGGCCCUGACUGGAACCCUUGCUCCUUCCCCAGCCUGCCACCCCACUACAGCCCAGCCUUCCGCUUCCCUGGCAAUGAGGCCUACCGGGGUGUUAACCUUUCAGUCCCCCUCCUUGCUCCAGCUGGACUCCCUCGCCUCCACACUUUAGACUGCCGUCCACCUCUCUUCCAGCCUCCCAGUCAACAGCUUGGCCCACAACCACCAGGGCGGGGAGAAGCCCACGGUGGAGAAAGGACUCCAGAAUGGACGGGCCCGGAGCUGGUGUCCGAGGAGCACAGCCCCAAGGAGCUGGAAAAAUCGGGGUUCAGCAGUGGCUUCCGGGAUAACUUGCCCAUCCAUGGGAUCACGCUGGAGGAAGUAACCGAGAUCAUCGGCAGGGACUUGAGUGACUUCCCCGAACCUUCCUGCGAAGCGGGGCAGAGCUGAGAAACUGCAGCAUCCCUGGACACUCACAUCUUUUAGAGGAAUGGCUUGGAGGAGGAGGAUGACGACCCGGAAAAAGUUGGUGACCACAGAGACUUCCCCAAGGGACAGUUCUUGGGGGAUUCUCAUAUUUAUACUUUUGCCUCUGAGCUUCCUUCCAGUCCUUCCACAAGUUCUGUCUCACCUUCCUUUCAUUCUGCUGGUGCUACAACAAUCCUGAAUAUGCCAUGGUGGAUUCUCCUCUUGCUUCGUCUUUUUGUCUCUGGGCACCAUCCCAGCCCGCUCAGCUGCUAUCUCAGUGGUCACUCCACAGCAUCAGAGGUGCAGAGGACUUUUGGAUUACAUGUCUGGCUAGCACGAUCCCUGAGAGACUGAGUCUCUCUGUCUUUAAUCCCCCUUUAAACCGACCUGCAACAGCUUUGCCAGUCUGGUUGGCUCCCGGCAUUUUCUCCAACGAUGCAGGCUGAGGGUUGAGCACAUCAGCAAAACUCAAGCUCACCAAAGUCCUCCAAAGUCCACCUAGAAACUCAUUCCGACGCCAGUUUUUACCAGAUUGUGAGCAUUGUUUUAUCAUUUCCACGUGGAAACUGACACAUCCGCAUCGGGGGUGCACAUCUUUGGAAUCUGUGCAUCUUCUCCCAUUGAUUAAUGCACAUUACUGUACAUGGUUCAGAAGUAUACACAUUUUUCAAAUGUAUGCAUGCUUUCAGACAUAUUUUGGGGGGCUCUUCAAACCUGCCUUUCCACUGGGUUACUCCAUUCCAUGCAGAUGGCCAAGUAAGCCUUUCCAUGUGCCAAAUUGUUGUACUUAUGUAUUUUUCUAUUUUUUUAAUUAUUCCGCCCAUCCUUCCUUUUCAUUUUCACCACCACCACACCUGCCAUCCUAUCAUCCAUGGUGUCUGUCCGUCAAAUCACCUCCCACCUCAUCUUGGACUUUUUCUGUAACAGAAAAGGGUCCUGAUUCUCUAUUGGGCUGAUGGUUGCUCCCAGUAGUAGUGUAAGGAAUGUGACUUAAAGUGAGUUUCAAACCAUGUUCCUGAGAAGGUCCCUUAGGAGAACUAUCUAUAAUGGCCAGCAAGUUUCCUGAAAGACAGAAUGCCCACAAUCUUUCCCUGUCACCUGGAGUUGCAGGGAAACUAGACUGUCUGGUAGACUGUAGCUUGCGCAAUGCAUUGACAUUGGAGAAUGCUGAGCACAGAUGGACAACUGUCCAAGUGUCCAUCCAAGCCUAUUUCUAUUUGUUCCCCAAACCAAGUCUCUCCCUCCUGUUUUCAUUUGGGUUUUCUAGGAAAUUCCACAGAAAUCUGGCCUUCCUUCCAUCCCUCCUUCCUUCCCACAUUUUAUUAAAGCACCUUAAUGGUGGCCUAACAUAAUUUAAAAUAAAAUAAUAAAAUAAAAAACUUGGAAGGGUGCUCGGGGGGCUGAAUUUUUCUUCUUUUUUGGAAACUGGAGUGUGGAACAUGGCAUUGUCCAGAGCCCCCAGAGGGCAAACAGACCGAUGGCAGCUGACUCCACUGGGGAAGUAAAGUUGGGGGCUCCACAUUGUGCUUCCUGGAUUCUUCGGCGGCUAGUUUCUGCAAAAGAAGAAUUCAGAGAUGAAAUUAAACUCUCAGACCACCUCCUGGGGGGACCCAAUGGGAAUAUGGAUUCCAAAGCAGACCUCGAUGUGAUCUGUACCAGGAUUGUGGCUGAGCUGAGUCUGCUUUGGAGUUUGGAUUCUCUGCAUUCCUCUCUAAUUCCAUAUGGUAAAUGUGCCCCACAUUUAUGGAGUAUAUACACCAGACCGUGUCACAACAUCUUCAGCUUGCACGCAGACAUUCCUUGGCUGGCGCCCUGGGAUUCUGUGUGAAAAUGGUUCCCUUGAUCUUACUCAGUUUUAACACCUCUAGAUCCUUGCCAUUAUCUGUGCCAGUGUUCUUUUUCCCCUUUAUGGAUAUGCUUCCAAGCAGCAAAUCAAGGAAAUUAUGUUUCACAUGUGGGAAACAUGUUGUAUCUCCAUGCAAUUGAAGUCAUGAGAUUAUUGCUGGUGGUAAGGAGAGAUGCUAGUUCUCAUGAACAUUCUCUUUAAGAGAGUUAGAGCCUAAAGACAUGUUAUUUUAAAAAGAUAGCUAACAGUUACAUCUUUAAAAAAAAACUCAGUCUGGAUUAGGACCCUCGUUAGGAAUAUUCCCCUGACCCCAAACACCCAAUUCCUCAACCGACUUGAGUGAUCAAUACUUGCUAAGCUCAUUGCCUAAAAGUGGCAUUUAUAUAAAUAUACUAGAUCAUUUUUGGCAAUGGAAUUGACAGGCACAAGGGCCCAAUCCAGAUUCGGGAUACAUGGGAGGGUGGGGUGGAAGGGUUAAGGUCCUGACUAUACUAAAACCCCGCUUCCACCACAUGCUAACUUUCCCAUCUACACUGGGUCCUUUAAAUUUACUCCUGGGCAAGAAAAUUGGCAUAGCCACCUUUUAUAAUGUAACAUGCAGUCUGACUGUAAGAAGUAGCUUUCUAUGCAUGGUAUAAACCUCAACAGGAAGGAGACGAAACUUUGUUCUCCCCCCACUCACCCCACUUUGCACUGAAAAGAAGAACAGCUAAUAGAUGAUGAUUAGUAAACUGUUAAGUACCUAAAGCAAAUGGAUGAGGAAGACAGUGCUAAGCUUGAGGCAGUGCAAAUCUGUCUUUUCCCUUGGGAAACCAAGAGGGAGCUGUUCUUUUGGUUGUAGCUGUCUCCACCAUUGACUUCUCUAAAAGAUGUCACCAGGGUUCUAGUCCUCAAACCUGUGAAGAUAGGCUUGAAAAUAUAUAGCUGCCUCCCGAUGAAAUCUUGACAAGCACAAAUAGUUUGGAAUAGGAUCUGCUGCAGCUGCCACCAGAAAAGGGGAGGCAUAACAAACACCCAAUUUAUUCCUUCCUCCAUUACUUGUAUAAAAUCGAAUACAUUGUGUAAAAUUAGCACAAGGCCUGAAAUGUUCUUCGUAAGGUUAAUUUAUACAAGUUUCCAAAAUUGACUUUUCUAGGUGCACAAUUUGGAUCAUGUCUUCAUGUGGUAUUUGUUACUUACUAGUUUGUACUGCCAAAUCCAAGCCAGUGAAAACUGUAUAUGGGGUUAACGACGUGGGAGUUACAACUCCUGUAUUAAAAGCCAUCUCUCUAAAAAUUGGACACCUAUGGGCAGUGUCUAACAGGGCACUUCCACCUCUGCUAAUUUCUUUUCUGCCCUGCCAGCUGCCUUCCACAAGCAAUGGGCCCUGUCAAUUGCAUGGCACAGGCUGGGGACCCAAUGAUUACACAGGGGAAAUUUAGUGUUUCUUAGCAGAUACCCCAAAACAAGUAGAAAUGCUUGUUUCUCGAAAAAGGCAGCAUAGCUUCUGCUUCUCUGCCUCCUCCUAGAAAUCAACGCUUCCACUUGUUUUGGGCUGCCCUGUUAAGCACAGGUGGGACCCCGUUUGCACAACCCAGGUAGUGGGGUGGAAAAGAAAGGGCAGGGGUGAAAACACCCUGUUGGAUCAUGCCUGUGUGAGCCUGGUCAAGAUGGGAAAGUACUAAGACAAGAACAAGAUGUUCUGCCAUAAAUAGGAGGGUGCUUUAAAGUUUGGAGGGGUUUCUUGGUGGGCGGGUUACAUAGAAAGCUGAGUCCACCUCCCACCCCCGGUGAGCGGACACUCAGGGAUAGAGACGUGGUAAAGGCAAUCAUGCUUUAAUGCUUUCUUGAUGGAAGGAGUGGCUGGUGUUUUUAUAUUUUUGAUACACAUGGGGGGAGGAGGUGAUGGGAAUGUUCUUUUGUAAUUAAAUGCCUAAAAGACGUAAAGGAAAUAACAGUU